GCAACAUCUGCCUUCUUGCUCAUGUGCCACCAGGCUUCCAUCGCAGCGGGUAACGGCACCUCUUCAGUCUAAGUAAAGCAUUUCGAAACGUUGUGGGCGUGACAAGAAUGAAUGGACCUCGGCCUCAGCCCUGACGGCACUUGGUCUCGACCAUGAUGAUUGCACUCCUAGGCAUCGCCAUUGCCUCUCUCAUAUCUCCUGCCGUUGCCGUAUGGCCCCAGCCACGCACCGUGAAUACCGGCAGCGAGCCGCUCCGUCUCUCACCCACUUUCUCCAUCCAGUUGGCCAUCUCUAAUGCGCCUGCUGACUUGAGGGAUGCCGUUCAUCGUAGCCAGUCGUUCCUCCAGUCGGAUAAACUCGAGCGUCUGGUGGUUGGCCGCGGCGCAUCUGACGCACAAGCCAUCGCUGGCGCACACACGCUUCCGUCACUGACUAUCACUCUCUCCACACAGAACGGAAAAACUGUGGUGCCAGCGUCCAUCACCGACGAGGCGCGCGCGCCGCUCGGCAGCCGGGAUGAGGCAUACACCUUGGGCGUGCCAAGCGACGGCACAAGCGCGACGCUCACCGCGAACUCGACCUUGGGCCUCUUCAGAGGCCUCACGACAUUUGAACAGAUGUGGUAUUGGUGGGACAGCGAGAUAUAUACCCUCGAGGCGCCGAUCACGAUCGAGGACGCGCCUGUGUAUCCAUAUAGGGGGUUCAUGCUGGACACAGCGAGAAACUUCUUUCCCGUUGACGACAUCAAGCGAACGCUUGACGCGAUGAGUUGGGUAAAGCUGAACACUCUUCACUGGCACGCUACCGACAGCCAGAGCUUCCCACUUGAGAUUCCGGGAUUCACCGAACUCUCUGAAAAGGGUGCAUACUCAUCCUCCUCAGUCUAUCACACAGAUGACAUCAGCGACAUCGUUGCGUACGCCGGUGCGCGCGGAAUAGAUGUGCUAGUGGAAAUCGAUACGCCUGGCCACACGGCUGUCAUGUCACAAUCCCACCCUGAGUUCGUGGCCUGUGCAGAGACGACGCCCUGGGCGUCUUUCGCGAAUGAACCCCCAGCCGGCCAACUCCGUCUCGCAUCCCCUUCGGUAAUUAAAUUUACUGCAAGCCUGUUCAGCGCCCUCGCAAAGUUGUUUCCCUCAACGCUCAUAAGCUCGGGAGGGGACGAGGUCAAUACAAAUUGUUACACACAAGAUGCAGAGACACAGCAGCAGCUGGACGCAACGGGGCAAAAUCUCGCCCAGGCUUUGGAUUCAUUUGUAGGCAGCGUGCACGAGGCCAUCAGAGGGAGUGGGAAGACGCCCGUGGUUUGGGAAGAGAUGGUGCUUGACUACAAUGUCACCCUGCCGAACGAUACCGUCGUGAUGGUGUGGAUCUCCUCGGAAAAUGCAGCGGCCGUCGCGCAGAAAGGAUAUCGAUUUGUGCACGCGGCUUCCGACUACUUCUAUCUGGACUGCGGUGCGGGCGAGUGGAUCGGCGCCGACAUUGACGGGAACAGCUGGUGUGACCCGUUCAAGACUUGGCAGAAGUCCUACUCCUUCAACCCGACUGCCAAUUUGUCUGAGGCAGAAGCCAGCCUCGUCCUGGGAGGGGAACAUUGCCUGUGGACGGAACAGUCCUCGCCGUCGAAUUUGGAUUCCAUCACCUGGCCACGCGCGGCGUCUGGCGCAGAGCUGUUCUGGACGGGGCCUGGAGGAAACGUGAGCUCGGCGCUACCGCGGUUGCACGACGUGGCCUAUCGGAUGGAGAAGAGGGGGGUGAAGGUUAUCAAGCUGCAACCCGAGUGGUGCGCUUUGCGGCCGGGUGUAUGUGAUCUGACAGCAUGAUGGGCGUCUUGUGACGGAUAAAAUUGUUCUACGGAGGAGCUGCAUUCUGAUUCUGCGUGACGAGUGUGUGAGAUAGCGCAGGCCAAUGAGCAAUCGCCUCGCAAUCCAGCGUGGCGGCCAAUC